CGACUCCACUGAGUAACUCUUUCGUUGUAAUCCCUAUCUUGCGAGAGAGCAAGUUGCGCCGAAGAAGAAACUCGAAGAAUGCUGAACGAGCGAGCGAGAAAGAGGCUACAGGUAGAUGGGGGAAGAUAUUACUCUCAUUGAACCGCCACCCAGACUUCGACGGUGCUGCCCGCAAACGACUGUGCGACUAGGAGACCGGAAGGGGUGAACGCGGAGAAGCGCGCUGAGCGGAAGAGAGAGGCAGAGGAAACGGAGGAAGUGGGAGAAAAGGGCGAACAUGGGGAAGGGAAGACGAAAGGAGGCAGAGGAGAGAGCGCCGCGCGCGUGAGAGAGACAGAUACGUGGAUACAGAUCUGUCGUGUCGGUGGCCGCUGCGGCAAAUCUGCGGCUCUCCGCGGCCGAUCGUCAAAAGACAGAAGGAGAGUGAACGAACACGAUAUUAGAGAGCACCCGGCCAGGAUUUGGGUGCUGGCGCGCGGUUCGCGGAUCGGUUCAUCCAGAGCACAUCACGAACUGUCGAAGGCCGUUUUCCCCGAGGUUGAGCGAAGAAUGAGGUGCUCCGGUGAUGGAGCCAUCCUCGUGCGCUUGUGUCGUUCCGCGUACGCUCCAGCAACGGUCGAUCCCGACCGAAUCGGCUUGUGCGGAUGCUCGUCAUCGUCGAGGCUCCGUCGGCACGGAGAUUGAUUGAUCGGCGAUGAGAAGAGAGCGCUGAAGGACGUCGAUGCCAGCCGACGACCUCGUGGCCCAGGUGGGGGAUAUCCUCUCGUGAGAGCGAACACAAAAGUGCAUGGUAGAGGAUACGCGUGACAGAACACCGAACGAGUGCGCGCAGCGACGUUCGAACGUGUCGCUUGUUUCGAGAAAAAAAAAAGGAGCAAGGAAAAUAUUCCGUUCCGUUUUUUUGCGAAAGCCAAGGAAAUUCGCAUCCGUGAAGAUCGCUCGGUUGACGAUUGAUCUUUUUGUUCCAAUCGUAGCGAUUGUAAUAAGUUCGUAUUGUAAUGUGAAGUUUACGAGAAAUCGCUCGGAUUGAGAAAAGAAAAAGCUGUGUGAGGAGAACGAGACUGCGCGAUAGGAUACAAGGACGGUGGAAUUUCGAGAUAGAGCAAGACAGUACACGUUCGUCUUUAAGAUCGGCGAGAGGCUGUAAGCGGGGUUCUGUGAUUGGUUAAGCGCAUUCGCGGGAAUCUUUUUUGCGCACGGCUCUCCGAGAUGUGCGCUAAUUCGUAAUUUGACGAAAGGACGUGAUGUGACACAAAGUGUUUUGCGGCUGAUGGCUGUCGAUCGGCGUCGCGCUCUUACUAGAGAGCAGCUAAAAAUUAAGCAACAAAGAAAGAGAAAGAAAUAGAAAAAAAGUAAAAGAAACUUUGCAAUUAAGCGACCACAAGUUCGACUGUGAUCGACACCGCUAAUUCGCGCGAACGGGGCGACAACUACCUACGAGCUAUACUAGAUACCGUAGAUUAGCAAACUGCUGCCUACUCGCCGCCAAUUCAACUGAAAACUUUUGCCCAACUCAAUUACGCCACACAGUCGUCUCGUGUUAGCGGCUGUGAGAGCGAGCGAAAGACGACACCGACCAGGAGUAGGUGCGCUCUUGGCCGCAACUCGAGGAUCGUAUUUCAUAAGAGAGAGCUAAUCGUGCUCCCACGAACGCUUCCGGGUUUUUCGUCAAGCUCGCGAUUAAUUUAUGAUAAGUGCGGUAAGCCCGGUGUGAAUUACGUUGUGCGCCAACGAGUACGAGAGAGAGGAAGGAGGGGGUUAGUAGCACCGUUCGCGAACUCAGCGAUUAAUAUGGCGAGACAGGCAUAUUCCGUCAUUGAUUAAUAUGCCGGCCGCGAGGAGAACAACGAGACGGGAUUUAAAAUUCAUAUCGCUCGCAUAAUCGAUAGUUUGUUACUCGCGUUUCCUUUCUGACUUCGAUUCUCCACGAAACUAGCGCGCGAUCUAGGUUACUUGUGGUGAGCCGCAUAUCAAACACAGCGUCGUGCAAUCAUCUGAAUCGGAUGAAGGAUCUCGAUUUCUAACAUUUCGUAAUACGCGAAUCACUACCCUAACUAAGCCUAAGGUCCGCGAGCGCUUAUGUGCUCCCGCUUAAACGAGGAUGAGAUCUGAGCAUUUGUUGGCGAUGUCGCUAAUAAGACGACGCUCCGAGCGCAGGUUUGCGAAAUGAAAACUUCUGGAAGAAACAAUGGAAACAUCCACGCAAGCAUGACGGCUUCAUUCAGCGUCGCAGACGGCACGCUUAGGCAACCACGAACGAGACGCUCGUCUCGCCAGUGAAACGGAGAGGUAUAAAGUCGACGCUCUGUUGCGGUGGAACCAACUUCCUGUUUCUCGCCUCGAGGCGAGAAGAGGAUUGCACGGGAUUAGCAGACAUCGGGUAGACACCGAUAAAAGGACGGUGUUAUGUUCGUGACAAGGCCUCACCCUCUAGGAGGGCGCAUACUACUCGCCCUUUUUCUCCUCAUGGGGUGUUUCGCUUUGCUGUCACGGGCGCGCGCUUUUCCGGAUUGGACCGACUGUCCCGCGGUGUGCCGAUGCAAGUGGACCUCUGGCAAGAAGUCAGCUUUGUGUCCGGACGCCGGCUUAACGUCGCUGCCGCCGUCUCUCGAUCCGGACAUGCAAUUGCUUGAUCUCUCCGGCAAUAAAAUACCCGAACUGAAAGAGGAGACAUUCUCUAAGGCCGGUCUGGUGAAUCUCCAGCGGGUUUUCCUGCGCAACGCCGGCAUUCACAAGAUUCAUCCGGAUUCUUUUAAAGAUAUGAGAAUACUCAUCGAGAUCGAUUUAUCGGACAAUCACGUGACAUCUUUGGAGCCAGAUACGUUUCUUGGAAACGAACGGUUGCGCGUUUUGAUACUCAGCGGCAAUCCACUCGGUGUUCUGGUUAAUCUGCAGUUUCCUGUACUACAGCACCUGCGGACUUUGGAGUUGGAGCGAUGUUCUUUGACCGAGAUACACGGUCAAGCCUUCGCUCGGCUGAGUGGCUUGGAGUCUUUGAAGCUGGACAGCAACUAUUUGGAAUACUUAGAGACCUCGGUGAUAUCUAAUUUGCCACGAUUAAAAACCUUAACGUUAGACGGUAACCAAUGGAGAUGCGACUGCAGAUUGCGAAGCUUUCGCACGUGGUUGAUUCCCAACGCACCCAGUAAACUGUACUCUGCGCCACAAACCUGUUCAGGUCCACCAAGAUUGCAAGAUCGCCGGUGGGAAGACGUGAAGCCUGUCGAAUUUGCUUGCGAGCCAGAAGUAUCCAUUCUGGCAAGCAGUUUACAGGAGGAGACCAACGGUAACAUCAGCUUAGCGUGUUUGGCGACCGGCGAUCCCGAGCCGGAAGUCUGGUGGCAGUUGAACGGCGGAUCGGUUAAUGCUACCAAAUUGACCGAUCAACCUUAUACGGGAACUCUUGUCGUUUAUGCAACAUCUGAGAUCGGCACAUCUUACAACGAUAAACCCGUAUCGUCCAUAACCGUCGCUGACCGAUGGAGCAACCUGACCGUUUAUAACGUCAGCGACAGCGAUGCCGGCGAAUACGCGUGUUUCGCGAAGAACAUCGCCGGUCAGGCACGGAGCACAGUAAACGUGGCGAUACCUCGCGUCUACACGGCUCCUACUCUCUCCCAGAGCGACAACUGGCUGCUCUGGGUAAGUCUAGCAGGAGGCGGCGCGGUGGCCGCGUGCGUUUCCAUCUCGGCCGUUCUGCUGAUCCUCUUGUGCGGUGGAAGUCGACGGCAGAGAAAACGCGAGAAGGUAAAACUGCAAAGCAGUAGCAGUUUCGGCGACCAAGAAAAGAAGCUGCUAGAUCUAUCCGUGACAACCACCACGACUCCUGGCAACAGUAACGACCGCGGCAGCGGUCACGGCAGUCUUGGUGAGGCGUGCAGUACCGGCGAUCUGGAACUGGCCGAGCGCGGUUCCAUUUGUGAUCCCAUGGCCGCGGCCGCCGUUACCGUGGAGCGACUGCGACCCGCGGAGAGCACAGUGAAUGCUAUUCGUGCGGUUCCGUGCGCUACCGCCGGCGUGUUUCCGCCUCCUCCACCGGAGUUCACGACUGGCGUACUACCGGCUGGCAUCUUCGGCAACAUUUUUAUCUCCGUUUCGCUGCCACAAGACACAUCGUCGGAACGCUGUUAUCCGGAUCUUCUCGAUAUCCCCGUCCACGCAGUCAGCGGCACCGCGGCCACUGUCUCGACCGGCACCAAAGUUGCGGUCUUGCCGCCAGCAUCAGCCGUCAACGUUUCCAGCUUCGCCACGCUACCGCGUCGAGCAUUACGCUCCACCGAGAUCGCAACCGGCUCACCCUACGAUAAUAUGGGGCCGCGCAUCACAGCGAAUGGCAGUUCCGCGUUCUCGCUGACGGACAUGGAUCUGCGAUUGUCGCCACCUCCCCCGCCACGAAUCAUUCAACCACCUCACGAGUUUGUUUCUCUCUAAGGCAGCGACCACCUGCAUGUCGAUCUGUAUUAUCGUACACACUAUUCUCACAAUCGGUAAUAUUCCGCUAAUAACGUUUCUCUGAUACACUGCGGAGUGUUCAUUAUUGGCCGGAUAUUGCUGUGCGUCAACAAUUAUCGCGCGAUAAUAUUGACCGCGUCAGGCAUCGCUCAAGGACUAACUCUGCGAGAAUACAUGUAAACGCCUUUCGAACGAGUAAUCCGUAUAUGUUCCUCGGUGGAGUUCCGAAGAAUGAAUCAUUUCGCAUCACACACUAGUGACACGAAACUUGAUAUAAAUCACAUUGAUUGUAUCAACAAACUUUCAGUCCAGCAUUUAUGUUGGAUCUUUAAAGAACUUUGUUGUAGGACUCAGAGUAUUGAUCACGCAACUGCCAUUUGUGAAAUCAAAAUUUUUAAAUAGCGUUUAUUUAUAAAGAUAUUAAUUAUCACGUAAAUACACACAUAAUCUCUCAGAAAAUUAAAAGGAUUCAUUAUUAACCCUCAAUUAUCGUCGUCUAUUUGCGUAGUAAAUCUUCAUGAUGUGUCAUCGUGUAUACUUGAUAUAAGGCUAAUAAUUUGCGGAACGAUCAAAUAUUAAAAAUAGGCAAUUCUGACGUCUCUAUGUGUUAUCAUAAAGAGUGUGUGUCUAAAAAAACGAUAUCAUAAAAAAGGCCUUUUUAAAUUUAUAAGUAUCUUUUUUGAACUUUUAUAUUGUGUUUAGGGGAAAAAAAAAAAAAACAGAAGAUGAGUGUGUACCACACAUUUAGACAGAUCCUUUUUCGGAGGUCUGUCAAGAGAAAACAUUAAUAUCGCGAGUGUUUAAACAAUCAACGGGAAAUGAUUAGUAUGUGUCAAUGUUCAUUUUUGAUGAAUAGUUCGCAUGAAUAGGUAAUCAUGAAUGGAUAGCCGGACACCUCGCGAGGAAACGGCCCAAGUAUAGUCGUGAUUAGAGAUUUCCCACGGGUGCAGUUGAAGUUGACGUCGUCCUUCCAUGUAACGCGUACACAGCGAAACAUGCAUGCGGGGAAAGGACCAAAGUGAAAAUCGAUAUCUCGCCGAUAUAUCACCGAGAUUAGUAUACGGAGCAUUUGAUCGAGAGAGCCGGUAUCGGCCAUGAUUGUCCGACCUAUUGAAUAUCUGUCUGUCUAUGCUUGUCUGCCUGCCUUGCCCGUUUUCCAGCCGACACCGGCUGAAAGCGGCCGCUUGCGCCUACCAGUGAGUACGUGUGAGUGGACGGAGAGAUGCGUGAAAAAUUUUUAAAUUUAAGUCUCUUCUAGUCUGCUAAAUAAUACGAAGCGAGAUGACAUUUGUACAUAAUUAACGACUAUUUCUUCAGACGAUGGACCUUUUGACUAGCGUGAGCGAGCGCCGCGUCUCAUUAUCUUCCUCCCAUUCAUUCUCGACAGUAUAUCACUAGUUUGUUACAUAAUCUCUACGUGUGUAAAUAUUUGUUAUUACAUUACACAUUUUCCGCGCGCUACCUGGACGUUGCAAACUUGCGUGCACGCCGGUGCGUUACACAUGGAUAUAUUCAUUAUUAUUAUGAACACUUUGUCAAUUAAUAAAAUCAUUGAAUUUUACAUAUAUCGAGUCAUUGUUGUGUAUCAUCUUCUUGCAUUCACUGUGCAGUUCGUGAGAAAAAUAAUGUGCGAUAUUGCAUUACAUUUUCAUCGAGUUGGAUUGUAUAUUAAUUGACUAUAAAUCACAGUUCACGUGCGUCCAGUCAAGUCAACACGGAAUUAUUAAAAAAAAAUUGGAACAACAUGGUAUUGUUUUCUGUACUCAAUUUAUACGCUAAAAAUAAAAUAAAACUAUGUAGAUUGA